GAACGGAAUGUAAACUGCUAGUCAACCCGUCAGUUAGCCAGAAACGGCACAACUACUGAAGAUUUAUUGGCGAGCUGCUUAUAGUUUGACUGACAGCUCUAAAAUUAUUUUUUCACGGGCAUUUUGUUUGCGUUUAUUAAUCGCCAAUCCGUCAAUGUCCGCUUCUACAUCAGACGGGACAGAGCUAACUCGGCAGGCUAGCUAACGUUAUCUGGCGUAUUUUUUGCCACUGUGGCAAGGGGACCAUUGAACGUGGCUAAACAGACGGUUAGCAUACAAAGAGUGGGAUGAUGGGUUUCCGUGUUGGUGGACGGUGUAAUUUUUGAAGAACUGGAUAUUCACGACUGUCAAGUAUUGAUGUUUACCUAACCCAUCUACCCAAAACCCUGCUACUUGGACUUGUGUAGUUUACAAGUUAUGGGAACGUUAGUUUGUCAAUGUAGCUAGAUAGCUUGCACACGGUUCAGCAACCAACUACGAUAGCACAACAUAAACAAACCGAGCACGUCUUGAACAAUCAGCUGUUUUACACUGGUCAACGGUUUUGAUACUCGUGUUUGUGAAUUAAUUGGAUCCUUUUAAUAAUUGUGACAAUUUCGGCGUCGGCUCGCUUGCAUCUAAAUUUACUAGCGGAACCAAUCUGGCAAUGAUAAAAUCUGUAGAACUUUGAACUGUGGUCUUCACUACCUUUCUUUUUAAAGGGUAAAUUUUAGUGCUACCAGUCUAAUUUACUACCUUGAACCACCGACCGCUACAAUGGAUGACUUUAGCUCGAUCAGUCUGCUGUCGCUGGCAAUGUUAGUGGGAUGUUACGUUGCUGGGACCAUUCCUUUGGCUGUCAAUUUCUCUGAGGAGAAACUAAAGCUGGUCACCGUGCUCGGUGCAGGGCUGCUGUGUGGAACAGCCUUGGCUGUCAUCAUCCCCGAAGGCGUCCACGCACUCUAUGAGGAAGUCUUGGAAGGAGCGCACCACCACGGCGGGCACGGUGCGGAGGCGGAGGUGUCUGAGGCCAAGGUGGCGGUGGAGGCGGCGUCCGGGGCCCACGAGCACGGGGGCCACGAGCAGCUGCACGCCUACAUCGGGGUCUCCCUCGUGCUGGGCUUCGUCUUCAUGCUGCUCGUGGACCAGAUCGGCUCCUCGCACAUGCACAGCAGCGACGAUCCCGAAUCAGCACGAGUCAUGACCUCCAAGAUCACCACCACGCUGGGCCUGGUCGUCCACGCUGCAGCUGACGGCGUGGCUUUGGGUGCCGCCGCCUCGACAUCCCAGACCAGCGUGCAGCUCAUUGUGUUCGUGGCCAUCAUGCUGCACAAGGCGCCGGCGGCGUUUGGCCUGGUGUCGUUCCUGAUGCAUGCUGGUCUGGAGAGGAAUCGUAUCCGUAAGCACCUGCUGGUCUUCGCCCUGGCAGCCCCUGCCAUGGCCAUGCUCACUUUCCUCGGACUCAGCCAGAGCAGUAAGGAGGCCCUGUCGGACGUCAACGCCACCGGCGUGGCCAUGCUCUUCUCGGCGGGCACCUUCCUGUACGUGGCCACGGUGCACGUGCUGCCCGAGGUGGGGGGCAUGGGGGGGCACAGCCACGGCGGAGGAGGAGUGGGGGGCACCAACGGCAAGGGGGGGGGCCUCAGCAAGGUGGAGGUGGGGGCCCUGGUUCUGGGAUGCCUCAUCCCCCUGGUACUCUCCAUUGGACACCAGCACUAAGGUACCCGGAGGAGAGGAUGAGGAGGAGAGGAGACGAGACGAGAGCUGGGGGAGGCACUGCAGUGGGAUGGAUGGGACAUGAGGAGAUGAAGGAACAGUGAUGAACAGAUGGAUGGAGAGAUGGAUGGAUGAACAGUGAUGAAUGGAUGGAU